AUGGCCGACCGCAAAGCCCUCAACCACUACUACCCGCCGGACUUCGACCCAUCCAAGAUUCCACGCCGCAAAGCGCCCAAAGACCAACAGCAAACCGUCCGUCUCAUGGCCCCUUACUCGAUGCGAUGCAACACCUGCGGCGAAUACAUCUACAAGGGCAAGAAGUUCAACGCCCGCAAAGAGCUUGUAGUGGGCGAAGACUACUACGGCAUCAAAAUCUUUCGUUUCUACAUCAAGUGCACCCAGUGUUCGGCGGAGAUCACGUUCAAAACGGAUCCCAAGAAUGCAGACUACACCGCCGAGCACGGGGCCAGUCGCAACUUUGUGCCCACAAAAGAGGACGAUGAUGCGGAAGGCGACGAUAAGCUGCUGACUGAGGAGGAGAAACUCGAAAAGAAGCUCGAGAAGAUGGAAGGGGAUCCGAUGAAGCAGUUGGAAGCGAGGACGUUGGACUCGAGGCGGGAGAUGGAGAUCCUCGAUGCGCUGCAGGACAUCCGCACUCGAAACGCCCGGUUGGAGAGGGUCGACACAGAUGCAGUCCUAGCUAAGCUUCAUAGCCGAUCGCAAGGUCCGUCAGCGUCAUCAACAUCAUCAUCAUCAGCAGCAGCAGACGCAACACUGACAGCCAAGACCAUCGAAGAGCAAGAACAGGCAAAAGCGCAAGAGGAGGACGAAGCGUUAGUGGCCAAGUACUUUGGCAAGGCUCUCGAUGGCUCCCCGUACUCAUCCUCGAAUGGUAUCAGCAGCAAUGGAGUGACGGUCAAGCGCAAGUUGGACGAAGACGCUGAAGCAGAACCGGACGUGCAUACGUUGCUCGCCAUGAAAGCCGCUUCCAGUAAAACGAUCGCCGGUCCGCUUGUCUCGGCACCAGCAGUCAAGAAGAAGAAGAGCGCUCCUAACUCUUUCGGUCUGGUUCGCAAGAAGAAGUGA